UUUACACACUAUCAUCGCGCCCUCCGCGACCUCCUUUCCACCGACGCUGGCUAGAGUAAUCCCCUCCUGGCCCAUAGCCCGUUUCAGACCCAGCCUCAAACAGCACGGGCGGCGACCGAUCCCUCGCACUUGACAACAACACCUGCUGCCUCCCCCCCUCGGCCUCCCUCCUCGUCGCUGUCUUCGACCCUGUCUCCCUAUCCAGCCAUCAAAAUUAAAUCGGGGAAGCUCCAUUCCUCUCUAUACGCACAGUGGACACGCUUCUACUAGAGCAGCAAGCACACGCCGCCGCCAUUGCGCACGAGCCAGCAUCGCGCGCUCAGCUUUGCUCAGUGUCUCUCACGCGUUCUCGUUCGCUCUCUCGUUGGCCGGCUCGCUCCCUCGCCCGCCAGACCGCCUCUCAGACAUCAGCCGGCCCCAGCAGCCGCAUCAAGUACCGUCCGGCCGACUUCUGCCUCGGCUAUUGCCUGUUGGCGCGCGCGCUUGGGUCUCGCAACGCACGCUCUCGUUCCUUCAUAAGUUUCAGACGCAUCUGAAGCGAGGUUGCCGACAUUCGAUCCAGCGCCCAGCGGAUCGACAAUCACCUCGUGCCGCCCACCCCGCAAUCUUGUCGCCGAACCGGACAGCCGUUUGUCCAAGAGGCGCCGAGUGAGUCGCGUCCUCAAGCUUCCCAAACUCGACCACCACCACUACCUGUGCUGCAACUUCUCUUGCUUCUACUUUGAACCCUGCUACGUGAACCGUGAGCACUAAGGGUUCCAUCCCCUCCGCCAAAGCGCUUCCAUCCCUCCCACACAUUCCCGCGAUCCAUCGAACCCCGGAGGCUCCCUUCCCUCUACCCCGUUUGCUCGAUCCUCACGCAACAAGAACUCGGAUCUCUCGCAGCACGACUGUUGCUGUGCUAUCCCAGUGGUUUGUCCAUUCUGUUCCUUCCCGCCAGAGAUUCCUUGGAGCGCUAGAGAUCGAAUAUCGCCAGGACAAUUCAACAAGCAAUCAACAAUUCCGAGCCACGCGACUAGUCACCCCUAUCACCCAAUCGAGCUUCCCGGGCCACUAUUCCAGCAACUCGCCCUCCCCUUUGUAUAAGCACCCAUUCGCCGCCCUCGCUGCCGCUGCCCCUAGUGCUCCGGCCCCUCGUUUCGUGUUCCCGCGCUCUUCUGUACAACGCCCAGUGGUGUGUGUUGGUGUGUGUGCGAGCGCGUACGCGUGUGUGCAGCAAAGUACACUGUCCGUUGCUAUCGGGUUUGUUCAUCUGCCUAGCCGAACCUUGGUUCUUCCGACAGCUCUCUGUGGCUGCCCCUCCUCCAGUUGUAGACAAACGACACUUUGUCAAGGUGACAGACAAUCACACUGUCCUUGCCGAGCCGAGUGACGCACUGGCCACCCCACCCCGCCCUCCGCUCCCUCCCUGCCCCUUCUAAAACCCCCCUUCGACCCGCGCGUCAAGUCUGGGUUGCGCAGCUCUCGGCUCUGUGGUCGUCUGGUCUCUCCGGUCGUCGCCCAACUUUGAUUUCCCCUUGGAACGUUAGCGCAGCUCAGGGCACAAACUCAUCGAGGUACGGCACGACACACUCCUCAACCUCCGCCUCCCCUACCUGACACAAACGUCGACCACGAUCUCAAGGUCCCACACCGACAUUUGGCAACCCAUUUUGCCUUUUGGCACGCAACGACGAGGGUCCCCUUGCCGCCCUAGACCAACAAACCGACGUUUCAACCCCACUCCGACUCUUUAGCAACGAUUGUCCUGUUGGUUACAUUCAUCCCUUUUUGACGACGACGACAACACCAGACAAACUACAUUGUCUCACCAUCCACCGAAGAGUACAUCACUCUAGCUGUAGUCAUCGGUGCUAAUUGGAUCGGCUGCUUCAUCUCGGGACAUUCGUCAAGCUGUUCGCCAUCACCCGACACUCAACUCAUGCUCUGCACCUCCCCAAGACCAUAGACGUUUCAGACUCCAUGUCCCGGAGAGGAUCGACGCCAGAGCCUCGCUCCAUCAAGCGACGGCACUCUCUGGACGAAGCCGAUGAAUCGCCAGAGAAGCGGUCCCGUGGAGCUGCCGAGGAUGACAAGUCGCCAAGGAGCAACACCAGCUCGCUAAGUGAGGGCAGCAUGGCCGCUGGCCCAUCUCUCAACGUCCCAGCUGCAUCGCCACACCACUCGUACCCAGCAGCCGAUGGUCCAAGCGAGCCUCGCCGCUCCGGGAAUGCAACACCCCCAUCGGCAGAAUCGUCGCCGGUGUCUUCUGACGGAGACGAAGGCGACGCUGGUGAUCAUAGUCGGUCCCGGCUGUCGGCGAGUGCACCAACCUCGCUCCGGCGGCCGGCGUCCUCAUCGGGGGUCGUUGGUCGGCCGUCCUGGCAGACUAUGCCCCGCACGCAUCGCCCAGAGUCCGAGGCACCAGAAAGCAGAUCCUGGGACCGCAGGGGGAGCAAUGACCCCCGAGACGCUCAAGAUCACCACGAGCCUCUUAUGACACCGCGCCAUGUGUCGUUGACUUUGACGCCUCCAACGAAUUUCAUCUCUUCUGGCAGCACAAUGACUCACCCGCCGACCAAGACACAAGCGGCCUUCGUUGGCAAGCUCUACUCCAUGCUGGAAGAUGAGAAGAUUGCAAAGUCGAGGCUUCUCUUCUGGUCGGAAGAUGGCACGUCGUUUGUUUGUCCGAAUCCUACGGAGUUUUCAAAAGAUGUCUUGCCAAACUACUUCAAGCACAACAAUUGGCAGUCGUUUGUUCGCCAGUUAAACAUGUACUCCUUCAACAAGGUGUCAGACUUGUACUCGACAGCAAACAGUGAUCCACAAGCGUGGGAGUUCCGACACCCACUUUUCCGACGAGGAGAACCAAACUUGCUAGCAAGAAUCAAACGCAAGUCGACUCGCCCAUCAAACACUGAAGGCAACAAUGCUCCUGUUACUUCACCCAACGACGAUGAAGUCCGCGCCGCUGGGGGGUGGGCACGAGAGGGCCCUCAUACUGGACCGAGCACGACUCUCCAAGUUCGCUUCGGCACCCCUCCACGAGACUAUCAGACAGCCCGUCAAUACCCUGCAUACACUCACCCUCCUCCGGCUCCGACGCCGUACGAACCACCCUCAUCAUCUCGUGUCCACUUUGGUGGCGGAGGUGCUCCUCCAAGCUCAUCUACGGCCCCAGCCUCAUAUCCUCGAGAUGUGCGAGAAGCUGCUCCCUCUGUCGAGCCGACGUACUUUGCUCCAAGCCAGCCUUCUCGUCAACCUUCGGUCGAGUCUUUGUCCCGCCAAGUGGCCGCUUUGCAAGAGACGGUCAGCCGGUUGCAUAAUUCACUCCGCGAUGAGCGACUUCAGAACUCGAGAACCUCUAUCGAGUUCACCAAUCAUCUACUUCACAUGGCCGAGUUGUUUGCUGAGAGCGGAAGAGACACUCGGGGUUUCCAAGAAGUUAUUCACAAGCAGGCUACAUUGUUCCGCCAUCGAUAUGACCAGCUAAGGGCGGCUGAGCUGUCUAAGAAGGUCGGCCACUCUCUGGCUAUGGCACCCCCUCACUCGCACGGUCUAUACAUGAAGACCGCCGACUCGCCGCAUCUGCCCACCCUUCUCCACCCGUUACAACGCGCCCUGAUACCGCACGACCCGCCACGUCAGAUGCAGGCCCGUACUACCCAUCGUUGGAACGUCAGUACCCGCCUCAACCCCUGCGAGGAGCGCCGCCACAACCACAGUACCAUCGCGGCGGCCCUCCGAGGCUCGAUCAGAGAGAAGUGCCUCGUGACUACAACCCUGGACGGCCAGGCCCGUCGUCUAGGCGAGACACCGACGGGCUGCCGCACGAAGAAGCGCGGGCACAGGUUGACCACGACCCACCCAAGACGUCGCUGCGCAACUUGA